UUCGGAGAAGCACUUCACCACACUCUAAAGAGAGGCCACUGCAUCUGCAUCUGGAGGUCCCCUCUCCAUCCUCUGCACUCCUGUGGCCUUGCCCAGCAACCCAUGCUAAGAGGUCGACUCCCGGUCACACACAUGUCCUCAGCCAUCGCCCCCGUUAAACCCUCCAGCACCACGGGCCCCAAGGAGGUGGAGCUGAUCCUGGUGAAGGAACAGAAUGGGGUGCAGUUCACCACAUCCACUCUGGUCAGCCCGACCGGUCAAACCCACCCCUCGGGAAGGGAAAGAGAGACCUGGGGCAAAAAGAUUGACUUCCUGCUGUCAGUGAUUGGCUUUGCUGUGGAUCUAGCCAAUGUGUGGAGGUUCCCUUACCUGUGUUACAAAAAUGGAGGAGGUGCUUUCCUGGUUCCAUACCUCUUCUUUAUGGUGAUUGCUGGGAUGCCACUCUUCUAUAUGGAAUUAGCCUUGGGCCAGUAUAACCGUGAAGGAGCAGCAGGAGUCUGGAAGAUCUGUCCUAUCUUUAAAGGUGUGGGCUUUACGGUGAUCCUGAUAUCGUUGUAUGUGGGAUUCUAUUAUAAUGUCAUCAUCGCCUGGGCUCUGUUUUACCUGUUCUCCUCUUUCUCUGGUGAACUGCCCUGGAUCAACUGUAACAACACCUGGAACAGUCCAAACUGCUCAAACCUCAACGGCACACUGCUGAAUGACACACACAAGGCCACGCCCGCCCUAGAGUAUUUUGAGCGAGGGGUCCUUCACCUUCAGGACAGUUCUGGUAUAGAUGAUUUGGGACUGCCCCGCUGGCAGCUCACCUCCUGCCUGGCUGUGGUCAUUGUGAUCCUCUACUUCAGUCUGUGGAAGGGAGUCAAGACAUCAGGGAAGGUGGUGUGGAUCACAGCCACCAUGCCCUAUGUUGUACUGACUGUUCUGCUCCUGCGUGGUGUCACUCUGCCUGGAGCAAUCGAUGGCAUUAAAGCUUACCUGAGUGUGGACUUCCUCCGCUUGUGUGAUGCUCAGGUCUGGAUCGAGGCUGCCACACAGAUCUGUUUUUCUCUGGGAGUGGGGUUUGGUGUGCUAAUCGCCUUCUCCAGCUACAACAAAUUCAGCAACAACUGUUAUAGAGAUGCCAUCAUAACCAGCUCCAUAAACUCUCUGACCAGCUUCUUUUCUGGAUUUGUCAUAUUUUCCUUCUUGGGUUAUAUGUCACAGAAGCACAAUGUGGCCCUUGAUAAAGUAGCCACUGACGGUCCUGGCCUGGUGUUCAUUAUUUACCCAGAAGCAAUAGCUACACUACCAGGCUCUUCAGUGUGGGCUGUUAUCUUCUUCAUCAUGCUGCUUACUUUAGGAAUCGACAGUGCUAUGGGAGGAAUGGAAUCUGUGAUCACAGGACUUAUAGAUGAGUUUAAGUUCCUGCACAAACAUCGAGAGCUCUUCACACUCUUCAUCGUAGUUUCAACGUUCCUCAUCUCUCUCCUCUGUGUCACAAACGGUGGCAUCUAUGUGUUUACCUUGUUGGACCACUUUGCGGCAGGGACAUCGAUUCUCUUCGGGGUGUUGAUUGAGGCCAUCGGAAUCGCCUGGUUCUACGGUGUGGAUCGCUUUAGUGAUGAUAUCCAGGAGAUGAUCGGACAGAGACCUGGUCUUUACUGGAGACUGUGCUGGAAGUUUGUUAGUCCAUGUUUCCUGUUGUUCAUGGUUGUUAUCAGUUUCGCAACUUUCAACCCUCCAAAGUAUGGUUCCUAUUAUUUCCCCACAUGGGCUAACAUGGUUGGUUGGUGUUUGUCCAUAUCGUCUAUGAUCAUGGUGCCUCUCUACGCCAUCUAUAAGUUCUGCUCUCUGCCUGGAAGCUUUUGUGAUAAACUGGCAUAUGCUAUAACCCCAGAGACUGAGCAUCACUUGGUGGAGCGUGGGGAGGUUCGACAGUUUACACUUCAUCACUGGCUGGUGGUUUGAGCAGCUCUCUAUACUGAGAUGCAGAAGGCACAGAGAGAGACUCUGCUCCAUUAGGGCAAUGCGUGUCAAUGCCAAAAGAAUUGUAUUACUAGUUGUUUCU